UAAUCAACCGGCUAACGCCAAAGAGUGUACACGAAUUAGGCUUCGGUGAUUUUAUGGUUUUACUCGUGUGAUCGAGCUAAUUUCUUGAGGAUGUGGUUAUUUAUUGUUCUCACACUAAACGCCUUACUCGGCUGUCAAGUUUUACCGACAGAGGCGAAGUUAAAAGAAGGAGAGUGUGAAGUUUGUAUAAAGUUUCUGACAAAUUUUGCAAGUAAACUGUCAAGUGAUGAAAUGUCUGACAUGAAAGCAAUUGAAGAAAAGUUCAAAGCUGCUUGCAAAAAGGCAAAGAACAAAGAAAACAGAUUUUGUUACUACAUUGGAGGCACUGAAGAUGCUGCUACCAGUAUUCUUAAUGCAGUCCUCAAGCCUCUGAGCUACCACAAACCUGCAGAGAAGAUCUGUGAGGACCUUAAAAAACAGGACAGCCAAAUUUGUGCUUUGCAGUAUGACAAGCAGAUUGACCUUAACAAUGUUGACCUGAAGAAGCUCCGAGUGAAGCAGCUCAAGAAGAUUCUCAGUGACUGGGACGAAGAAUGUGUGGGAUGUUUAGAGAAAUCAGACUUUAUCAAGAGGAUCGAACAACUCAAAAGUGAACACACAGAACUCUGAUGACCUUAGCGAGUAGAAAGUUAUUCAAUUUAGCUUGGAAAGUGAAUUACACUGUACUCUCCUAUGUUCUUACAAUAUGAGCAGGAAGUUCAGUUUUGUGACUGUGCAGACAUCAAUUCUGUCUGUGAUUUGCAUUGCACUGAAGUAGGGUGGGGGUUGCUACCCAACAAAGUAUUGUGGAAACAAUAUUUUAUUCUCUCCUUACUCCCCUACUCUGCAUAUAAAAUGGUACGCUUCAUAUUCUAAGGUCAAAUCUAUGUACACAUCUCUUAGUCAGCUGGUUGUUACAAAGGCACUUUUGGUUUAAAAUGAAUCGUCUCUUAUACUGCUUUUUCUUGAGUAAAAUUCACCAUAAUACAAUAUUUGGUUGUGAAACACACUUCAAAAGGAAAAGGUAUUUCAACUUUUAUCAACCCUGAGAGAGCAAAACAAAUUCACAUUUAAUGUACAUUUACCUUCAAUGGUUGAAAGUUUCCAAGAAUCCAAUUAAAGUUUGAUAUAUUGACUUAGUAAAAU